CAAAAGAAAAAACAGCAAAAUGAAAAUAGCAGAAGAGAAAGCAGCAAGGCGAAAGCAGCAAGAGAAAGCAGCAAGUCAAAAGUAGCAAGGCAAAAGCAACAAAAGCAAAAACAACAAAGUGAAGCAAAAGCGAAAACAGUAAAAACAAAAGCAACAAACCAAAAUAGUAAAGGCAACAAAAGCAAAAGUAGUGACAAAAAGCAAUUAGCGAAAAAAAAAUAA